CUGUAUUGGCAGAACUCUGUAGAGAUGAGCGAAAUACACAGAGAAAUGAGUGAAAAAUUGUCAGAAAUAAGUAGACUGCAACUGGAGUUGAAUAGAAGGGAGGAUGAAGAUGCAGAAGACAUGUCAGAGAAUUUGAAAAGAGUAGUUGCAACUCUAGAGAGGGAAAACAAUAAUCUUAAGAUGGAGAAGAGUGAACUUCAGGCUCUUUUGGAAAAGUGCAGAAAACCUUUGAAUGACAAAAUCUUUCCAGAUGCUUCAGAAAGUCCGAAUCAACAUCGAAGUAGUUUGAAAGGGGUAGAACUAUCUGAAAGUUUCCCUGGAAGAGAAGAAAUGGAGCUAUCUUUGCAGAAAUUGGAUAAAGAUUUGAAGGAAACACGCUGUGAGAGGGACAAAGCAUUACAAGAAUUAGGCCGCCUUAAGCAACAUCUGUUAGAAAAGGAAAAUGAAGAAUCAGAAAAAAUGGAUGAGGACAGUAAAAUCAUUGAAAAGCUUCGUGAGAUUAAUGAAUAUCAAGUAGCUCAAAUAUCAAAUUUGGAAAGAGCUCUGAAGCAGGCAGUUGCUAGUCAGGAGGAUGUUAAGAUGAUGAACAAUAAUGAAAUUCUGAAGUCUAAGGAAAUCAUUGAAGAUUUGAACCGAAAACUUGGAAACUGUAUGCGGACAUUGGAUGCCAAAAAUGUUGAACUUCUUAAUCUUCAAACUGCUCUUGGGCAGUACUUUGCUGAAAUUGAAGCUAAGGGGCAUUUGGAACAUGAGUUGUCUUUGGCAAGAGAAGAAUCAGCUCAACUUUCCAAACUUUUGAAAGAUGCAGAUCAAAGAGCAGAAGUAUCAAGGAGGGAAAAGGAAGAAAUCUUGGUCAAGCUUUCCCAAAUUGAAAAGACAAUGGCAGAGGGAAAAUGCAGAGUAAACAAGCUUGAGGAAGAUAAUGCAAAACUACGUCGUGCUCUUGAGCAAAGUAUGACCAGACUUAACCGAAUGUCAGUGGAUUCAGAUUUUCUUGUUGACAGGCGCAUUGUGAUCAAAUUAUUGGUUACAUACUUCCAAAGAAACCACAGCAAAGAGGUUCUGGAUCUUAUGGUUCGAAUGCUGGGAUUUUCUGAUGAAGACAAGCAGAGAAUAGGUGUUGCUCAACAAGGUUCUGGAAAAGGUGUUGUUCGUGGGGUUUUGGGCCUGCCUGGCCGCUUAGUUGGUGGCAUCUUGGGAGGAAGUUCGGCUGAAGCACAUUCAAACAUGACAUCUGACAAUCAGUCCUUCGCAGAUCUAUGGGUUGAUUUUCUUCUUAUGGAAACUGAAGAAAGAGAGAGGAGAGAAUCAGCAGAAAACAUGGCUCGAUCGAAGGAAGAUAUACCUGGACAAUAUCCAACUGCAGAGACUAGUACACCAGUGCCUGACCAGCGAACAAACACACUUGGUGCUCCCUCUGGUUUCUCAAGAUCGAGUAUAUCACCCAGCCAAAAUUUUGAUCCUCCACCUGCCCGUGGAAAUUUAAGGUCAUUUGAUCAUUCUGAUUCUGAGUUCUCAACUGUUCCUCUUUCAUCAUCAGAGAGCAUUUCUCGUCUCUCAAGACUAUUACCCAACUACUGAGAAUAUGUUGAAUUGUGUAAUUAAUCAAAGGUAUAGAUUCUUUGUUGAUAUUGUAGCUAUGCAAUCUGGUUCCGUCAAUUCUUUUUAUACACAAAUAAGAAGUGUUUCUUUUAUAGCUCA